UAGUUUCCAGUUUACCUCCAUUUCCUCUUUCUGCAUUGAUAGCAAAACUGGAAAUGAUGAAAAUAAGAGUGUGUGUUUGUUUAGUUACAGUAAAUCUCUUGGCAGUGCUGCAGUGUAAGACAGUACUGUAAGUGUGGAAUGCAAAUGCAACAUUGCAACCAUGCAGAUCAAGUCAAACUUCCUGAUGUUGCAAACAUUUCUUACAAAUUGCUAUCUUAUACGGUAACUUGAUGUGUAAUUGCGUGUGCAUGUGUAGGUGUGUCUGCAUACGUGUGUGUGUGUGUGGGCGUGUGUGUGUUUGUCUUCUUGUGCACUUUAUGUGAAGGUAGGAAAAUUUAUUCUCUCAGAUUCAAUCAGUUUGAAUUCAAAGAAAUGUGCAAGCAAAAGCAACAAUCUGCACACACAGCGACUGAAAACUGUGCCAUAUACUUUAUUGUUCAUUCAUUUUGCUCUAUUUUACUUUAUUUAUCCUGCAAGAGAAAUAAUCACAAAGACAAUUUCACACAGAGAUUUAUCUUUAACUUUUGAAGCUUCAGAUGGAUAAAAAUAAUUCAUUUUCACACUGAACAGUUUAAUAAUCAGAGAUGGUACUUGUACUUCACUUGAGUACAAGUACAGAUGCAUGCAUGCAAAAAAUACUUUUUACUCCAGCAGAAGCACUGAUUCAGCUUCUUUACUCAAGUAAAAGUGUAAAAGUACUGCCUUUGAAAUGUAAUCAAGGUACAUUACAGUAGCUGAGGUUGAGGAUAUUUCUGCCAGCUAUUUUUUGCGAAGGAAACUGAAGCUUGUGCUGUAUAACGAUAAUAAUAAAAUCAUAUUAGUAAAUAGAAGGCAAACUUUAUUUCAACCUAAGUUUUAAUACACCGAAUGUGCUUAAACACUAGCUCUGUUUGCUCUUGCCUAUAUUGCAGAUGGGUGACUUUGGCUUCAUGCGUAAACAGAAAAAUGAGUAAAGUCAAGAGUUAAAGUGGGAUUCAGUAGGUGUGGGAACCCUAAGCUAAGAUGCAGUGGUGCAACCUGAGAAAACAAUCAUUUAGAAACAAAUCACAAUAAUUCCUUUUGUGAUCUCCAGUAGAAUUUCUUUGCAGCAGGCUGUGAUUAGCUUACUGUUGCUGCUACUUUUUGUGGAUUUACACAACCCAGUUCAUCAAGAUAUCAGCAGAUGUUUCACAAACUAUCGUGGCUGACUUCCAACCCUAGAUGCUACAAAACUGAUGUAAAGGUGAAAAUUAGUGAGUUAAUUUCACCAGUUUAAUUUACUGUCUGCUACCCUUGUUAUAUCCUAACACUGACCAUGAACACCAGAGCUGCUCUGCACCAGUCCAACACAACACAUCACUAACCAGUGUAGCCUGCACUAAACUGCCCAGUAUGUUCAUGCAACCUUUGAAUAGCACAAAAUAUAGGUCAAAUUUGCUGAUGUUUGUUGAGUUGAUAGAAAAAUUACAUAUCAAAAUAACUGCCAUGUUACUCUAUUUAUGCUCCUUGAUCUUAAGUGAGGAUCAUGAUAUUGAGGUACUGUGAGCACAGCAUAUAAAUAUCAACACCAGAUAUGCUGUGUAGAUCAUUCCCCCAGUAUAGUGCUGUAAAAGAUCCAUAAAUUAUUUUUUUUUUUUCAUUUUUGUUUUUUUGUUUUAUUUCGGUAAACAACAUGAAAGUAAAAAGGUGUCAGAAAAACAAAUACUCAAGUAAAACACAGAUACCUGAAUUCUUAAGGACAUGAACAAGUAUUGGUAUUUCAUUACUUGCCACCUUUGACAAUAAUAAAGUCUUUUUAAAAGAAACACUCAGGAACUUUACACUCACACACUUCUAUUAAUUUGGUGAAUUUAACAGAGACAGAUAGAACAAGAUUAAACAAGAACUGUCACACCAGUGGCUCCUUGAGGCUCUUCAUAAAAACAGUGCAGUUUAGGAAGUAAUGUUGGAGAACUUCCAAAAAUCUCAAGAGCUACAUGUCCAACUUAAUAUGUUAAAUGUUAAAGUUCAUGACUGCACAAUUAGAAAAACACUGAACAAGUAUGGUUUCAUUGGAAGGGGUUUAUGCAACAAUGUCAUUUUGACAGACAGGACCAACGUGAAGAUGUUUAAACAUAAAGUCCACCACUGCAUUCAGCAAAAACCAAACACAGCAUAUCAGCACAAACACCUCAUGAAGGGGUGAUGAUUUGGACCUGUUUUGCAACCACAGGGAUUGGGCACCUAGCAAACAUGAGACCAUCUGUCCGACAGCUAAGGCCUGGCCCAAAUUGGGUCAUUUAACAGGACAAUGAUCCAAAGCACACCAGCAAAUCUAAAACAGAACACCCAAAAUAGAAAAGAAUCAAAGUGUUGCAAUGGUACAGUAAACGUCCAGACCUCAGCUUGAAAUGCUGCGGCAGGACCUCACAAGAGCUCCGCAUAAAUUAAUGCAUGCAAAACUUAGUGAACUGAAGCAACACUGUAAAGAAGAAUGGGCCAAAUUUCCUCCACAACGCUGUGAGAGACUCAUGAGGUCAUACAGAAAAUGCUACUGAUUCAUGGUUUUUCAGUUUUUCAGAUUACUGCACAGAGUCCUUUGAAAACUUUCUUUUUCACAUGAUUGUGAAAAAAAAGAUGCGUCGGAGCUUAUAUAGUUGAAGCUCCUCCUCCUAGACUCUAUUAAGGAGCUCUUAUGCCUGGCAGACCAUCCAAAAUUAACACUUCCAGGUUUGGCUUACGGAUAUAUUGUUCCUUUCUAAUUUAAGUAGUUGUACGGAUCAUGACUUGUAAAACUACUUGUAAAAUCUACGACGGUGUUCAGGUUUUUAAUGUUUCAUUUACAGCAUAACAUAUCCCCCCAGCCAUGUCCAUGGCUCUUUUGUGCUCUGGCCUCCUGUUUCUGCUGAGUGGUUUUCAGUCUGCUUCAGCCACAUUUGUAGCUGAUAUGGACUAUGGAGGCAUUCCUCUGUGGAUUAACCGCCUGCUAGGUGAGCCCAGUGUGUUGAGUCUGCAGGGGCGAAUGGAUCCAGCCUGGUUCCGCGCUAAUAAUCCGCAGCCCUGCCCUGAAGAGUGUGAUUGCCCCAUCCAGUGGCCCACAGCACUCUACUGUGACCAGAGAGCCUUGGCACACAUCCCUGACAGCCUGCCGGACAGAACUCAAUACCUGUUUCUACAGGGCAACAACAUCUCAACCCUGUCCUCCUCUGUGCUGGCCAACGUUACCGGGCUUCGAUGGCUCAUUCUGGACAACAACCAACUGGAGAGCGACAAGCUGAAGCAGGACUCUUUACAGAGCCAGACCCAGCUGUGGUACUUCUUUGCUAACCACAACCACCUGAGUUCAGUGCCCAGUGCUUUACCAGCUGGACUCAAACAGCUGCGACUGGCCUACAACCAAAUCAGCAGCAUCAGCCCAGAAGCUUUCCAGAACAUGCAUAGCCUGGCAUUGCUGCUGCUGCAGGGAAACAGACUGAAUACCAUCACAGAGGGAGACCUCAGAGGUCUGGUCAGUCUGAACCUGUUGGACCUCAGCGGGAAUUCAUUUUCAACCAUUCCCAGGCACUUACCUUCCUCCGUUGAGCAGCUCUAUCUGUCAAACAACUCUCUCACUGGACUGGAUGAGGACAGUUUCGAGGGAUUUCUCAACCUUAAGUAUCUACGCCUAAGUCACUGUGGCCUGCAGAACCGUGGGGUCCACUCGCAGGUCUUUAACCACUCCAGCUUGGUGGAGCUGGACCUUUCAUAUAAUAAACUCACUGCUAUUCCCACAGUCCCCACCACCCUCCAGUACCUCUACCUGGAGGCCAAUAAAAUACAAGAGUUCAAUGUGACCAGUUUCUGCAGAGAGGUGGGACCUCAGUCUUACUCCAAGAUGAAGUUUCUACGAUUGGAUGGAAACAAAAUAUCCUACCAUCAGCUGCCUCCCGACUGGGUGUUCUGCCUGCGAGUCCUUCAACGUAUUUACAUCUGACUCUACGUUUUGAACACAAAACCAACACAGAGGUGCUCUGUGUAACUGUCAGCCCAUCAAACCUCCAACUACGACUCAGCAUUUCAAUAUCCAGCUCAUAAUGUGAACUCUAACAGCCCAGCUUUAAAGCUUAAAACCAGAGAAGAGUCUGAUUAUGUGUUCAAAUAUGUAGAUACGCAGCCAGGUGGUGGUGGUUAGAGGAAAACUGAGCUUCAAAAGAUAGCAAAGCUUGAACUUAACCCUAAACCAGUGUUAUUUAUUGGUAAUGACAGAGGUUCUGAUCAAACCCUUUCUUAUACCGCCACUGCAGCCUCGUGGCUUUCUCUCUUUUCCAAGUUCUGCAUCAUCAGGUUUUAAACAUCUGUGUAUUAUUAGUGAAUA